UCGGUCAGCAGAACAAGAUGGCGGUCCCUACUAAACAGUAUGGGCUCAUCCUGUCCCAAAAGAAAGGAGCAGCAAAGACGGCGAUGCUGCAGAAACCCUCAGUAUUCGGCGAUGACUCAGAUGAUGAGACCUCAGUUGGGGAGAGUCUGCAGAGAGAAGCUGUCAAAAAGAAAAUGAUGAAGCAGACACGUUUGGAGAUGCACAAGGCCCUGGAACAGGACAGCACAGUAUAUGACUAUGAUGCAGUGUACGACGACAUUCAAAACCAGAGACUUGAGAGCAACAAAAAGAUCCUGCGAGGCGCUGACAAAAGGCCGAAGUAUAUCCACCAGUUAAUGAAAGCAGUCGAGGACCGCAAGAAAGAACAGGAACGGAGGGAAGAGAGGAAGAUCCAGAAGGAAAGAGAGGCGGAGGGAGAGCAGUUUGCCGAUAAAGAGGCUUACGUUACUUCCGCCUACAAGCAGAAACUGCUGGAGCAGAAGGAGGAGCAGGAGAGAGAGAAGAGAGAGGCAGAGAUGGAAGCUGCUUUGGAUGUGAAGAAACAAAAAGACCUGAGCGGCUUCUACCGCCACCUGCUGAAUCAGACUGUAGGAGAGGAGGCGAUACCCGAUCGCUCAGCAAACAAUACUCAAACCUCAAAGGUUUCAAAAGACACAGAGAGGACUUCACCUGUGCCCUCAUCUACAUCCCACGACAAUAUCCAGAGUUCAUGCAGCGACAUUGAGGAGGGGCAAGAGCAGAAGUCUGGGUUUAGCAAGCCUGCGACAGUCUCUGCACACUCAAAACGCCAAUACAGACAGAGGUCACCGUCAUCAGGGAGCGGAGAGGAGAAGGUGAAAGAGAGGGAGAGAGACAGACACAAGAAGAGCCACAGAGAUCAAGACAGAGACAGAGACAGUAGAAGAGAUAGAGAUAGAGACAGAGAUAGAGACCGAGACCGAAACAGGGGAAGGGAGAGGGAUGACAGAUACGGAGGAAGAAGAGACGACAGGGAUAGAAGGAAAGACAGGGACAGAGACCGAGACAGAGGCAGGGAAGAUGACAGAAGCAGAGGCAAGGGGGAUACAGAGAGGGAAGACAGGCACGGGAAGAGGGAGAGGAGCCCCAAAGAAAGAGAGAGGGAUAAGAAUGGGGAAAGAGAGAAGAGGAGGAAUCCAGAUGAAGACAAGCGGAAGGACAAAGAUUGGGAAGAAGAGAAGGAGAGGAGGAAGGAACCUGAGAAUGAAAAGGCAGUGAAGGAAGAGAAUGGAAAGGCAGUGAAGGAAGAGAAGGAUCCGGAUAAGAAAGAAGCAGUGAAAGAACAAAGUAAGGAAGGAGAUGGACAGGGACAGGAAGGUGAGGAGAAAGAGGAAAAGGAGGAGAAGGGGAACAAGUUUGCGAAGCGCAGCACAGAUCAGACUGUGUGUUCUGCGAGAGACCGGUACAUGGCCAGACAGAUAGCACGCUCAGGCUGUAAGACCUAUAUAGAGAAGGAGGAGGACUGAGGAAACACCCUUGAAUUACACACAGCCUUUAUCUCAAUUUAGAGGAUAAGGCUAUUUUUCUUAUUAUUUUAUUUUAUUUUUUCAACAAAUC